AAACCCAUUUAUGGUGGCUGGCUGCUGCUGGCCCCGGAAGGAACGGACUUUGACAACCCUGUCCAUCGCUCCCGGAAAUGGCAGCGUCGGUUCUUCAUCCUCUACGAGCACGGGCUGCUGCGCUACGCCCUGGACGAGAUGCCAACAACCCUCCCACAGGGCACCAUCAACAUGAACCAGUGCACAGAUGUGGUGGAUGGGGAGAGCCGGACAGGGCAGAAGUUCUCCUUGUGCAUCCUGACGCCAGAGAAGGAGCACUUCAUCCGGGCUGAGAACAAGGAGAUCAUCAGCGGGUGGCUGGAGAUGCUGAUAGUCUAUCCGAGGACAAACAAGCAGAAUCAGAAGAAGAAGAGGAAGGUAGAGCCCCCAACUCCCCAGGAGCCUGGUCCUGCGAAGAUGGCUGUGACCAGCAGCAACAUUCCCAGUGCAGAGAAGGUCCCUGCCACCAAAUCCACACUUUGGCAGGAGGAAAUGAGGGGCAAAGACCAAGCAGAUGGGGGCAGUGGCAUCAGCCCAGCGCAGAGCCCGGUGCAAGGCCAGACUGGGGCUGCCAGCUCCCUGAAGGAUUCCGUGCUGGACAGCAAAGAAGACGAGAGCUCCAUGAACGGAGACCGGAUAGACUGCGGGCGGAAGACUCGUGUCGAGAGCGGGUACUUUUCCUUGGAGAAGACCAAGCAAGACUCGAAGCUGGAAGAGCAGCAGCUGCCUCCCCCACCGAGCCCCCCCAGCCCCAGCACCCCGAACAACAGCUUCUCUCUGAACUCCUUGGACUCGAAGAGCAGUUGCCCCAUGCACAAGGACUCCAGCAGCAGAGAUGUAGGAAGGGGAGCUGAAAAAUCGGGGCGUCCCCUUUCUUUUAAAGCCAGCCGGCAGUACACCACCCUGGCCGACGUUCCCAAGGCCAUUAGGAUCAGUAAUCGGGAGGCCUUCCAGGUGGAGAGGAAGCGGCUAGAGCGGAGAACCCGGGCCCGUAGCCCUGGGAGAGAAGAAGUGGCCCGGCUCUUUGGCAGUGAGAGAAGGAGAUCCCAGGUAAUUGAAAAAUUUGAGGCAUUAGAUAUUGAGAACGCAGAGCACAUGGAAACCAACGUAUCGGCCGGUGCUGCCCUUUCCAGUGAGACGCGGCAGGGCAGGAGUGAGAAGAGGGUUUUCCCACGGAAACGGGACUUCACUUGUGAAGCUGCAGCUGUGGGCUCCAUCCUGGAUGUGUCUGCGUCUCCUCUGUCCCCACACCGCCGGGCAAAGUCACUGGACAGAAGGUCCACGGAGUCCUCUAUGACGCCUGACCUGUUGAACUUAAAGAAGGGCUGGUUGACAAAGCAGUACGAGGAUGGGCAGUGGAAGAAGCACUGGUUUGUGCUGACCGACCAGAGCCUCAGAUACUACCGGGAUUCAGUGGCUGAGGAGGCAGCUGACCUGGAUGGAGAAAUCGAUUUAUCCACGUGCUAUGAUGUUACUGAGUACCCGGUGCAGCGAAACUACGGCUUCCAGAUCCAUACGAAGGAAGGGGAGUUCACCCUCUCUGCCAUGACGACGGGCAUUCGCCGCAACUGGAUCCAGACCAUCAUGAAGCACGUUCGCCCCACCACUGCUCCAGAUGUAACAAGGAAUAUGCAAUACGUUCCUAUAUCAAGGCUCCUCUGGAUUCCUACCAGCUCUCUGCCGGAAGAGAAAAGCAAAACAAGCUCUUCCUUCGAGACUGGUCCAAAGCCGAGCGAGAAACCAGAUGCAGAACAAGCCGAGCUGGACCCGGAGCAGAAGCGGAGCCGUGCCCGGGAGCGCCGGCGAGAAGGACGGUCCAAGACCUUUGACUGGGCUGAAUUUCGCCCCAUCCAGCAAGCCCUGGUGCAGGAGCGCGCGAACACCACAGACUCCUCCAGUAGCGGCUCUGCCGCCUUCUCCAGGGACACCGGUGCCACCGACACCGACUCGGGAGCACUGGGGCGGGACGCGGCGCGCAAGCGCUUCGAGAUGAUCGAUGCCGUGGAUUGGGCAGGGUCGGAAGAGGCGCUGAGGAUGGAGGUGGAUCGGAUCCUGCCUGUCCCAGCAGACAUCAAACCACAGAACGUCCACGUGGAGAUCGAGCAGCGCUGGCACCAAGUGGAGACCACCCCGCUGCGGGAGGAGAAGCAGAUCCCCAUCGCGCCGCUGCACCUCGCCCAUGCCGAGGACCGGGAUGAGGGGCUGUCGAAGCAGCACUUGACCACGCUGCUGGAGAAGGAGCUGGAGCAGAAGCAGAAAGAGGCCUUGGAGCUCCUGGAGCAGAACCGGCACCUGCAGGACCAGCUGAAAGUGGCACUGGGCCGGGAGCAGAGCGCCCGGGAGGGCUACGUGUUGCAGGCAACAUGUGAAAGGGGCUUCGCAGCCAUGGAGGAGACACACCAGAAGAAGAUUGAGGACCUGCAGCGGCAGCACCAGCGGGAGCUGGAGAAGCUGCGGGAGGAGAAGGACCGCCUGCUGGCAGAGGAGACGGCUGCCACCAUUUCAGCCAUCGAAGCCAUGAAGAACGCGCAUCGGGAGGAGCUGGAGCGGGAGCUGGAGAAGUCCCAGCGCUCCCAGAUCAGCAGCGUCAAUGCCGACAUCGAGGCCCUCCGAAGGCAAUACCUGGAGGAGCUGCAGUCGGUGCAGCGGGAGCUGGAGGUGCUUUCGGAGCAGUACUCCCAGAAGUGCUUGGAGAACGCUCACCUGGCGCAGGCGCUGGAGGCUGAGAGGCAGGCCCUCCGCCAGUGCCAGCGCGAGAACCAGGAGCUCAAUGCCCACAACCAGGAGCUGAAUAACCGCCUGGCUGCGGAGAUCACGCGAUUGAGGACCCUGCUGACCGGGGAGGGCGGGGGAGAGGCUGCUGGGUCGCCUCUUACACAGGGCAAGGAUGCCUACGAGCUGGAGGUCCUGCUGCGGGUCAAAGAGUCAGAAAUCCAGUACCUGAAGCAGGAGAUCAGCUCCCUCAAAGACGAGCUGCAGACAGCACUGAGGGAUAAGAAAUACGCCAGCGACAAGUACAAAGACAUCUACACAGAGCUGAGCAUCGUGAAGGCCAAGGCAGACUGUGAUAUCAGCAGGUUGAAAGAGCAGCUGAAAGCAGCCACAGAAGCUCAGGGAGAGAAAUCCCCUGUGAACACCACUGUAUCGGGAUAUGAUAUCAUGAAAUCAAAAAGCAACCCUGAUUUCUUGAAGAAAGACAGAUCCAGUGUUAGCCGGCAACUAAGGAAUAUCAGGUCAAAGUCCGUUAUUGAGCAGGUCUCAUGGGAUAACUGAAAUGAACCCGAGUCCA